GCGCCGCGGCAGCACAGGUAAACACCGCGGCGGGGCGGCGAGGCACUGGCUGCGGGGCGCUCAGUAAUGGGAUCAAUUUUCUCAAGUUUCUGCUUGACGCCAUGACUAAAUUCCUUAUAGGUGUCAUCAGGCCUCCUCCAAAUUCAUGAGUAAAAAGCGUUGUGGACAGCAGCCUCUUUCAGCACCCGGUGGAAAGGACUCUGCGGGCAGGUCAUCAUGUUAUGUCAGGCGGUGUGGGCGACCGCGGCCUAGUGGCAGGGGGCGUGGCGGCGCCAGGAAGAGCCGGGCCGGGCUGGUGUGCCUGAAGGACCUGCCCGUGGGUGAGUUACGGCAGAGGGUCUGUGUGGCUCCGUGGGCAGGGGCAGAGUUCGCACUGCCUUGCCUGCUCAGUACGGAACACUGUGGAGGUGGAGGCCAUGCUGCGGCGGGAUGCAGGCUGCCAGCGGGGGGCAGCUGGGGGGGAGGGCACCCAGGAGUCCCAACCAUCCACCCCAAGCGAGGACUGCAAGUUUGUCAACUCAACUCACCCUGAGGCUGUGCUGAGUGGCCUCAACGAGCUGCGUAAGAGUGGACACUUCUGUGAUGUGACCCUCUGUGUGGAUGGACAGACCUUCCCCGUCCAUCGGUCUGUUCUGGCCUCCUUCAGUCCAUAUUUCAGGGCCAUGUUCCUGAGCAACCUCUCCGAGUCCCGGCAGGAGCACAUCACACUGAGUGGGGUGGAGGCCGGCAUGGUAUCAUUGCUACUUGACUAUGCCUACACCUCUACCAUCACCAUCACUGAGGGCAAUGUGCAGGCCCUGCUGAGUGCAUCCAACCUGCUGGAGGUGGUGGCAGUGCGAGAGGCUUGCUGUAGGUUCCUGGAGCGCCACAUUGAUGCCACCAAUUGUGUGGGUAUUCACUGCUUUGCUGAAGCCCAUGCCUGUCAUGAUCUUACCAAGAAGGCCAAGGCAUAUACCUUAAGGAACUUCACACAAGUUAUGACAGGAGAGGAGUGGCUCAGCCUGCCCAUAGAGAAGGUGGUGGAGAUCCUUUCAUCCGAUGAACUGGAGGUCGAGAGAGAGGAGUAUGUGUUUGAUGCUGCCACCACUUGGCUCCACCACUCCUAUGCCACUCGUUCAUCAGUCUUUCAUAAGAUUCUGGAAUGUGUCCGCCUGGCCCUUGUGAGUCCGUAUUUUUUAGUGGAUGUUGUGGAAGGAGAAACAGCAGUGCGGUCAUCCCCCGAGUGUCGGGUCAUUGUGGAAGAAGCCCGACUCUACCAUCUCCUUCCAGACCGCCGACACCAACUUACGUCCCCGAGGACACGCCACCGACGCAACACUAAUACCACCACUGUAAUAGUGGCAGUGGGUGGUGAGGACAACAAGCUGGUCCUUCGUUCAGUGGAAUGCUUUGAUCCACUGGCCCACAGCUGGAGAAGCCUCUCUUGUCUCCCCUUCGCUGUCAGUAAGCACGGACUGGUGGUAUCCGGAGAGAAUGUCCUCUAUCUGGCUGGGGGGGAGUUUCCAGAUGGCACUGUGACACGCUGUCUGUGUCGCUACGACCCAGUCUUGGAUGAGUGGCAUGACCUGGCUCCUAUGUCAAGGCCCAGAUCAGAGCUAGGGUUAGCAACACUUGAUGGCUACGUGUAUGCAGUAGGAGGCUGGAAUGGUUCUAACCGGCUGACUGAUGUUGAGCGGUAUGACCCUCGUACCAAUGCCUGGAGCCCUGUCGCCUCCAUGGAUUUGGGACUCACCUCGCCUGCCAUCGCAGCCUGUCAGGGCAAACUGUACGUGUGUGGAGGAGCCAUUCUUGAGGAUGGAGAUGGUAUAGAGUGUGUCCAGCUCUAUGACCCCCAUACUGACACAUGGGAGCAGCUGCCACACAUGAUCAUUCCACGCAGUGGGUCUGCAGCAGCGGUACUCCACGGACUUAUCUACAUCAUUGGUGGGUGGCAUGCCUCUACAGAAAACACCAAUAAAGUGGAAAGGUUUGACCCAAGGAACAAGACAUGGGAGACCAUCGCUAGCAUGUGUGAACGUCGCUACAGGCCAGGAGUGGCAGUAGUGGAUGGAAAGAUCUACAUUCUGGGUGGAGAAGAUGGAUGGGACCACUUUCAUGACACCAUUGAGUGCUACAGCCCAGAGACCGACUCCUGGACUCAUGUUGGAGAGAUGCUCACUGGCCGCUCUUGGCUGUCAUGCGCUCCCCUCAGGGUGAAGAAGGAGAUUCUAGGGAACCUUGCAACCCCCAUGUCUUGACAUCCCCGAGCCUCCACCAACCAGGCACGGCAAACCCUCUGGAAGUAGCCAGAGUGCGUGUGCGCCGGCCCUGAUCUAUGUCUGGCGGGACGGUGGGCUGAAGC